UCAAACUGAGCAUUUGCUGUCCUGAGGAAGGAACACACAUUUGACUAGACCGUAUCUUCUCUAAAGAUGUGCUGCGCAUCAAUUCAUCUCCUCAUUGGUGCCUUAUUUGUCUUUGCUGUUGAAAAUGAGGCAACAACAAUAAGCAGCACAGAAAUCACCACUGCUCCAGUUUCAAUGUUUAUUGACAACACCACCCUAAUCAAUGAACCAUCAGAGGGCUUUCUAGACAACUUUACCACUCCAAACUCCACUGUCGCCCUGUCAAACAUGACGGUUGGAAAUACCACGUCAGAAUCACCUACUCCUCCGCCCUCAGAACAUCCACAGACCAAGAAUUACACUACAGACAACCCUCUGAAAAAGGAUUCACAAUCAAGCACAAAAAAUAUGAUCAAAAGCACAGCAAGCAAAACAACCACAAUUCAAGCACCAAAACCUGGCAAAAGCCAUGGACCAACUUACAUAAUUAUCCUGAUUAUAGUUGUUUUGUGCCUCUCUGGGGCAGUAGUUUAUUGUUGCCUUCAAAAGAACUCCAGGAAGUACUCUGUGGACUCACAUCCCAAACAAGAAGAUGCUCAGAUCCCACUCAGCACAGUGGAUGUAGAGGUGUUUGACACCACAUCAGUCAAAGAUAUACAAACAUUCACUCCUGUCGAGUCCACCGAGCCGCUUAAGGACCCUGCGCCUGUGAAGGAAGCUGAAAAGCCUGAGGGAGGGAAAGAAUCAGCUGAUGUUAAACAAGAAAACCAACCAAAUGUAUCCAGCACUCAGGCCACAGUGAACACAAAGGAUAAAACGGAUGGGCUGACCAUAGUGGAUCUGACUGAUGGAGAACCGACGAUCUCCAACAAAACUUCAAUGGAAUCCCUAGAUGAUGCUCUCAAUGAAAACAACAGCAACAAUACAGGAGCUGAAGUCAACGGCAAUGGGCAGGAAUUAACUGAAAUCUCUAUUGAUACUUUACUUCUAAAAUAAAUCAGCCUUUUCCCAACAUUUUACAAUGAUCUCUGAACCAGACUGAUGGAUUUUUUUAAAUUGGAAGCAAAAGCUGAACUAAGUUGUAAACUACGCGAGUCAUUGUUAGAACAAUGUUGUUUGCAUAUACAGUACAUACAGUACUAUGAAAAGUCUAACAGGGCCCAGUGUACUGUGUUGAUGAUAUAAUGUAACUUUCUUUAUAAUUUUUUUCUUGUGUUUUACUCAUAUUUUGAAUUGCAUUGUGUUGUUUAAGGGUUAAAGGAAGUAUACUGUACAUACAUAAACUUAACGGAGAAACUUAAUGGAGUUAGUACCUUUACAGUUAACAUAAUAUUACCUAUUAUGUUUGAUUUUAAUAUUGUAACUAAUUUAAACCUAAUUUAUGAAAAUCUAAUCUAAUCUUAAAAGGAUCAUUUUGUC